CUUGCGAGAACUUACUGAGACACCACCACCACCACCACCAUCACCACCACCUGCUUUACAUCACCGUACCAGGCUACAGUACUCUCUUCUUCUCAAAAGAAACAGCUUUCUGCUUCGCAGCAAGAUGGACUCCAUUACACACGUUACCAACAAAAUGCUUGCCGAACUUGCACGACAGCAGCAGCAACAGACGCCACCAGAGAGCGCCCCACCACCAUACACAGCCACAGAUGAAGACAGCGAGUCGGACGACGACUUGGACGACAUGGACGACGAAGAAGACGAUUCUUCUAUCCCUAUGAAGCUUACAGUCAACGCUGCUCACAACAUUCAAGGCUGCAACAACUUGGUUCCAACAUCACCACAUCCGCUAGCCGAUGCCACCAAGUUCAGCACACUUCUACUACACGCUGUCAAUCAGAUCAACGCCGCCAAUGCUGCCGCAAACUCCGACGUAGAGUGCUCAAGCAAGCGUCGCCGCCCACUCAAGAUUGAACUUACAGUCAAUUGCGGCAUUACCGUCGUAGGAGACCGGAACGUUAUUGGCCCUGUCGCGAUGAAGCCGAGGGACACAUUAGCGAGCACUUCGUCAAGCUCUGCCGUUGCUGGUGCCAAGAGGAAAGCAGACGAACCCCCCGUCGGAGAGGAUGAGCCAGCCACGAAGAAGGUUGCCGUUGAUAAGGAGUAGCGAUGCCAGUUCUCAACUGGCUUCGGGGGUACUGUUUUAAGACUGAAUGAGCAUGCUAUUAUUUGUUGACCGAGUGAGCGAAAUUUG